AUGUCAUCACAGACUCAUUCAGCCCGAGCGGACCAGGAAAGAAUCAGUCGCAACAAGCGUGCUCCUUAUAUCCAGCGCGCCUGCUUGACGUGUAAACGACGAAAACAGCGCUGUAGUGGGGAUGAUCCGUGCAAACACUGUGAGAGUCGCGGAGUCACCUGCCAAUAUGACUUGGAGCCGGUAGCUCGUCACCUACCCCCAGACUAUCAGGGUACUCUGAGCAGCCAGGUCCAUCGCUUGAGUGAGGUAGUUGAGUCCCUGCAGGCCGAAGUUCAGUCCUUGAAGGGAUCAAUAAACCAUGGAGCCUCAGCAGCAACGGGCAAGCAGCGCACUCCGGACACUCCGGCCUCCGAGGAGUGUUCGGAGCCAGACUCCAAGCGCCGCCGAUUCGUCACCACUAUGGUCGUUUCUCCUCCGUCAACAGUGGGGCCCCGUUAUCAAGGAUUGACAUCCCCCGAGUACAGUUUUGAGCUUGCUAGUCUGAAGCUGGCUCACUUGCAGGACCCUACUGCAGUGCCUGCCUCUCACCUCGAUGCGUUCUACAACCGAGAAGAUGAACGGCAAGGAAGGACGAGGUCCAUACGAGAGGGUGAACCCGAUGGUCCAGCUGCCUUAUCCAAGGCCCACAUCCAACCCGAGCACACGUCAGUUCGGGUCUUCCUUGACAUUCCGUAUACUGAGGCCAAGAGACUGGUGGUGUCGUAUUCCAACACCGUGGGGCUGCUUCAUCCGGUGGUGGAUGUAUCCGUGAUUCUCUCACGUCUGGACGCACUGUAUGCUCGCCUGAAAGACACUCGCCAGUCGACGAGAAGUCAGCCAGCUCUUUACGACGUGAUCGUGAUCCGUCUCAUUUUGUCCAUUGCCUUGCGCAUGGAAGAGAACCAACAGACCGAAUUGAUUGCAAGCUGCUUCGAGGGCGUUGAAGAUGAGCUAAACCGCAUUCUGGCUUCUGAGCAUAUUAGUCUACGGGGCGUGAUCCUUGUCCUGCUUGGUGUCGGUCCUCCCUGCACUCCUUCUUUGGACUUUUGGACUGUUACUGAAACUGAUGAACAGGCAUUGUAUCACCUAUUCUCCGGAAGUCUACGGAUGGCGUGGAGGCUUGGAGGUGUUGCCGCCUCCCUAGCUUUGGAGCUUGGCCUCCACCGACCGAUGACACUACAGAAAGCCUUUGGUGACGAGGGAGAGCAAGUAAAGGCGAUGACCUUGAUGUGGAGCAUUUUUGUGCUGGACCAUGAAUGGAGCACGGCUCUAGGGCUUCCCCAUCACAUGGACGACGGGUCAUUGGUCCCUGCACAGCUACACCCAGUCAAGACGCAAUAUCUCAAAGCGAUGAUGUCCUACUGUGUCAUCAGUUCGAAGAUCGUGAAUGCGACUGCGGGUCUACCUGUGAACCCAGAUCUGUACGAUGAUGAACAAUUUCAAUUUAUUAAUUAUCAGAUCGACCGGUGGCAGCAGUCCGCAAUCGCCAAAGUCCAGUCUCUUUCCUCCCCAGUCCCCUCAGUCCCUUCAAGACCUGACAAGGCCUCCGAUUUCAUCCAAACGAUGCUGAGUCUGCGCGCCAAUCAGCUCCGAAUCCUCAUGCUUCGACCAUUGUUCUUCCAAGACAGCCCCGUCAAGCCCAGUCAGGCGCAGAUCUCGCAGGCAAUCGACACUGCUGUACAGACUAUCUCCAUCCUGAAGCAGUUCGAUGCACAAACCGAUUUGUAUCGCCGGCUGCACGCUCUUUUUAGUCAAUUCAUCGCCUCCGCUGCAGCCUUGAUCUUACUCAGCAUCACCUACACCUACAGCGCCCCCCUUGACAGUACGUCCAAGACCGGGUUUUCCAGCUCCAUCACGCGUGACGUCUGCGUCCCUCUCAAAGAUGUGCUGAAGCUAACCGACGCCUGCUCUGGACUAUCACCAGCAUGCGCUCAGGUCCACUGCCGUCUGCAACAUAUUCUCGGGAUCCUGGUCCGUCUUCAAUUCAUCUCGAUAGACGGCAUUUCUGCUGCGCCGACCGAGGGGCCCGUCAAUCCUACCAGUUUGCAGAACUCGGAGAGCUCCAUGAUUCCGAACUUCGCGGACCCCACUGGAGGUGACCCGAGCGAGUGGACCUUGCCAUCGCCACAGGGAGCUGACCAUGGGGGGUCAGAUCAAGCGGACUUGUUGUUCGAUUGGGCGCCACUGGCUUCGGACAAUGAUCCACCGCUGGAUCAGCUCCUUGAUGGCACGAUCUGGACGGAGUUAAACAAGCUGCUUCGGCCUCAUUUGCAACCCGAAUCCGGUCUAUCUGAGUUUACCAGUAGCCAUCCUCUCUCCUCGAGUAGAUCCCAGAAUUGA